GCCGGAGCUCACUGCGCAUGCGCCACGUGCACUGUCAUGACACCGGAGAUCCUGCGACUGCUUCCGGGUCGGACAGGCUGCAUGGAGCUGUAGAGAGGUCACCCGGGGAGAGAUCACAGCAAUCCAGCCAUGUCCAACUAUGCUUUUCGUAUGACCUGUCUGAGCGCCAGGAUAUUUGGAGAGGUUGUACGUCCAACAGAUGGCAAGUCUAUGAAAGUCGUGAAGCUCUUUAGCGAGCAGCCAUUGGCCAAAAGGAAAGAGGUCUACGACUGGUACCCACCACACCAUAUCUAUAAUCCACUGAUGCGCAAUUUGAGAUUUAUGGGUCUCUUUAGGGACGAACAUGAGGAUUUCAAGGAAGAAAUGAAACGACUCCGCCAUCUCCGUGGCAAAGGACCACCCAAAAAGGGUGAAGGCAAGAGAGCAAUGAAGAAGAAAUAGUACCUUUUUAAGAAUUAUCCAUCCAAAAACGAUUGAUCAGUAUUGGUUAGAUACCCAUGGGUUAAAUCACGUUUUUCUAGCUCUUGGGAUAUAAUGGGGUGGGAUGAAACCAUUGGAAAUCUGAAUAGUGGAUUCUGAGAGACAUGGGAAGUACGUGAUUUGGCUCAGCUCUGUUGACUUGUAUUAUCCAGUUUGGUGGUCUAGCCCCUACAUGAUGGAUAUCUCCAGCCAGGAAAGAAUGGCACUGCAAGCCUCCUGCAGACAUCACACCCCACCGAUACCUGGGUAAUUACUCUAAAUAAACUGGGACUUGCCUGUUGCUCUCCCCCCCCCCCCCCCAGACUGCCAAAUCAUUGCUGUAUAAAAAUUAACAAAGCUAUUCAUUGAGGCAGUGCAAAGACCAAUGACGAUGGGUAGAGUUCAUUAAACAUAGCAGCCAAUCUUUUUUUCAGUUUACUCAAGUUGGAUUGAUGAGGAAUGGAUGCUGAUUGGUUGCCACCCUUUGCACAUCCUCAUUAUUUUUUUUGCACUGCUCUACCGGGUAUGGAAAGCUUGGUUUAAAUAAAACUUGUGAUACAUUCUGAAAUG